AGACCGCUUGACAGUGAAGAGAGCACCCACUGAUGCAGCCACAGGGACAUUCUCAUUAGCUUCGGUCUUAGAAAGUUAUCGAGACUCCACAGAGAGAGAACAGCUUCCAGCAAAGCAGCAACCACAGGAACAUUCUUGAUCUUUUCCGUUACUGUUUCUGAGGAGAAAUGUCUGAAGUCACAGUGCACCGGAUCUGCCAGCUCGGGUUCCUUUCUUACUUGUUUCUAUUUUCUUACAUCUCGGUGACGACAUCAGUAAGCUUAGAUCUAACUGAACUGAGAAACAAAGUUGCAAAGAUUAACGUUAACCCGAGGGGAAACCUAUGGGCAACCGGCCAUUUCAUGGGUAAGAAGAGUGUGCUGGACAGCCCGGUAUUUGACUCGCCUGACCAGCAGUCUGUGAACUCGCUCAGGGAGGCUCUGGAUAGCGACAUGAACGCGCAGGAGAUCUGGGAGCUCAUCACACAGGAGGUGCUGAAAAGCGCCCUGAAAGCGCAGCAGCAGGAUACUAGAGGGAAAGUAGACGUAAGCGACCAGGAGACUGGUUUAUUAAUGAAGAUACUGGAAAACUACAUUCAAAACACCUGAAAGUGAUGGAAACACCACCCCUCCCCCAAUUCUUAUAGGUGUGUGUGUGUGUGUGUGUGUGUGUGUGUGUGUGUGUGUGUGUAUGUAUAUAUAUAUAUAUAUAUAU